AUGUCACGUCCUGUCCUAUUACGAGAGGCUCAGCAAAACCAAACCAGCUUCGGUACAUCUAGGGAACGAGAAUUCUAUAAAUACUUACCACCGCACCAUCUGAAUGCACACACCCUGCAACAUGUCGGUCGAGACACGUCAACGGAAUAUGUCGCUCAAUCGUCUUCAGAUCCUGUUCUGACUGCAUUUGCCCAGCUGGGCACCUUGCGACUUGAUGCCCAACGCGCGUUGAUUUCGCUUUUUGGUCGACACAAACAGCACGUUGUUACCGAAGCCACUCGGACAACAAGCCUACUGGAUAACGCGGAUAACAACGAUUGUGAUCAACUUUGGGUCGGGAGCUGUACGAUGUCGUAUGACCGCAGCUUCUGCAAAUCCGUUUCAAACCCUCCGCCAUCCGCGCAAACUCCUAGUGAUAGACUGGUCAUUGUGCCAGAUCUCUCACUGGAUGAUAAAUUCAAGGAACAUCCAGAUGUAACGGGCGGCCCAAAUAUUCGCUUUUUAGUAUGCAGUCCUAUUAUUAGCCCGAAAGGCAUCGUGAUUGGCUCCUAUACCAUCCUGGACAACAAACCACAUGGGCCGCUAGGCACCGAUCUAGUCAAAUUCUUGACAGAUAUAGCAACCACUGUUAUGGAUUAUUUGGACGCAACACGGUCUCAAGCCCAACAUCUCCGAGGCGAGCGUAUGAUUGUCGGACUCGGAAGCUUUCUAGAAGGGAAAGGCAGUCUCCGCAAUUCAUGGCUUAGUGCAACCGACGAUCCCCGGUCCUUAGAUCAAGACAAAGAUCAUACGGAGGGACAUAUAAAUCAAGAGCAACAGGAUAAACAAGUCCUGGAUGAUGUGGCUCAAGCUAUGCCGCAAAAUUGCGCAUCAAGCGAUCUGCCUCUCCGCCCACAUACCUUUCAUACGGCCGAACACAAGAAAACCUACACACGCAGGGAGCAAUCACAGUUGCUGGUCAGCUCAAAGACAAGCAAGGGAGAUCAUCUCAAUCCCAAAUUAGCGAAUCCACGUGCAUUCAAACCGAAUAUGGCAGCCGACAACAUGGGGACCCGCCAACAAUCAUUAAAGGAAAAUUAUACGACUGAGGUGAAGGAGGCGUUUUCGCGGGCGGCCAACCUCAUUCGUGAAAGCGUCGAAGUCGAGGCGGUUGUCUUUUUUGAUGCCAAUUUCCGCUCUGAGGAUGCUUCGGUGAACGACACGAAGUCUGACCUUGAAAGUAGCGGUCUGGAAAGUUGUUCUUCAAGCGACGAGGAAAUGAAAGCUCGAAAAACCUUCACACAGCAUGACUAUUUCACAUCACAGGCUGAAGACCCUAGCAAGACCAUGUUGAACUCAUGCGAACUUCUCGGAUUUGCAACUUCGAACACCUCUAGCAUAAACAGCCAAUUAACGGCCGAUAACAAAAUCGCACUAUCAGAGUCCUUCCUUCGGGACCUCCUACGCCGGUAUCCUCAAGGCAAGAUUUUCAAUUACGGCGAAGAUGGGUCGAUAUCGUCCGAUAAUACCAGUGAUAGCGUUUUCAAAAGCUUCACCAAACGCAGUGGGAGCAAGACAUAUAAACGAAUAAGGAAGACAAUCCUACGCCAGGAUGCUACGACACUUCUGCAACUUGCUCCUAAUGCCCGAAGCAUCAUUUUUUCGCCGUUAUGGGAUUCGCAUAAAGGAAGAUGGUAUUCGGGCAGCCUAGCGUGGACAAGAGCUCCCCACCGUAUUUUCACUUCCGAUAGCGAAUUGUCGUUUAUAUUUACGUUUGGAAAUAGUCUUAUGGCGGAAGUCCACCGCCUUAGCGCCCGAUUUGCUGAGCGCGCAAAGUCAGACUUACUAGCAGGACUGAGUCAUGAACUUCGUUCUCCUCUUCAUGGGAUCUUCGGCACGGCAGAACUCUUGAACGAUACUAUCAUGGACGCGCUACAACGAGGAUUUGUGCACACGAUUUUAUCUUGCGCAUUCACUCUACUGGGAUCGAUCAAUCAGCUUCUUGAAUAUGCCAGCAUUAACGACGUUGGACUGAACUCUAGAACAGCAAAACUGCCGGUUGGCUCUGGCUAUAUAUCGCCGACUGAUGGGACACUGGCUAGUGCCUGGCAUGAUUCCCAACCUGGAAAGCCCGAUCCGGACUCAUAUGUCGAGCUUGAUGUUGUUUUGGAAGAGACCAUAGAAAGCGUCUUCGCGGGCUAUUCUUUUGUCGACAAUUCACGCUCUCCUCUUAGAGGCGUCACCGGCGUCGGGAGCAAGCCGAUUAAUACGCAGAUUGAAGAAGUUAAGGUGAUUCUUGAUAUCGACCACUCGCAAAAUUGGAAGUUCUCAACCCGCCCCGAUGCCUUGCGCGUGGUCCUGACGAACAUUUUUGGAAAUGCUUUGAAGUUCACUCAACAUGGCUAUAUCUACAUUUCUUUAAAGGCCACCCUAUUGGACUUCGGAGAGGACAGUAAUGUUACCCGGUCGAAGGUUACGGUGACGAUCAGAGACACUGGAUGCGGUAUUGAACAAGAGUUCUUAAGGAAUGAGUUGUUCAAUGCUUUUUCACAGGAGGAUACUAUGACGACUGGUAAUGGCUUAGGCUUCAACAUAAUUCACCGGAUUAUAUCAUCACUUGGUGGCGAUAUUCAGAUCAAUUCCCAAAAAGAUAUUGGUACGGAAGUUUUGACGACCAUGACCCUUGAUCACAUCUCUGAGCAUACCGCCGAGCCGGACACUCCCGACGACCCGAAGAGUCUGGAUACUAUCACGGUGACGAAAGACCUUACGCGUGAGAAAACCAUUGGGAUCUUAGGUCUCGGACUUUCCGAGUUGGACGCAACUCUGAGUUCAUCUUUGCAGAAGCUGUGCCGAGACUGGCUUGGCAUGGACGUUUGUUUAGUUGUGCCUUCGGAAUCACAAUUCUCUCAAUGUGAAUUUUACAUUGCGCCCCAAGAAUUCUUGGACAUGGGGAAUAUGGAGAUCAAACCAAUCGCACCUGAUCUAAAACGGCUCUCCUCACCUGUCAUCAUCAUUUGUUCGUCUCCACGGAUCGCGCACUCGAUGUUUGUGGCCGCCAGGAAGCGAGGAGAAACAGAUGUUCUCGAGUUCAUCAGCCAGCCAUGUGGACCACGCAAGUUGGCAACAACAUUGGAAAUCUGUAUCAAACGUCAACAGCGGCGGAAAGACUUGACUGAUGGCAGAGUAGAGAGACUAGCUGGCGCAUCAAAACCUACAACGCGUAAUGAGUUUGAGAGAGGGUCGUUUCUCAACGUGCCGACUUCAGACAACAGCAGACAAUCCAAGACCAAAGUGGCGGGGAUUUCUACACCAAUCUACGGCCAAAACUCGAGAGAUACACCUGAACAGUUGAACCCUCGAGAGAAAGUUGAUAAUCCUCAAGUUUCGACCGCCAUGUCUGGUUUCCCCACAACAGAAACGGAUUAUAUAUCCCAGCCUCAACAAAGUUCCCCAGUAACUGUCCUCCUUGUGGAUGACAAUGAUCUAAAUCUCAGACUCCUGAUCGCGUUUAUGAAAAAGCUGGGGUGCGAUUAUGCAGUCGCAAAAAAUGGGCAGGAAGCUCUCGAGACCUUCAAAGCAAAUCCUUCUAACAUCCGAGUUAUCCUUAUGGAUAUUUCCAUGCCCAUCAUGGAUGGCCUUGAAUCGACCAGGCGAAUCCGUGAGUUUGAGAAAGAAUCAAAAACCAAGAGCCGUGUCACGAUUGUCGCUCUGACUGGUCUAGCGCAAGCCGACGUUCAACGCGAUGCCUUCAGGUCUGGUAUGGAUAUGUUUCUGACGAAACCUGUACGAAUGGAUAUUUUGGUGCCAAUGAUAAUGGGCACAACGUGA